CCUGUUGCGCUCCCCCGAGUCGGCGCAACGACAGGAGGCUUCAUGGGGACAAAACCUCAUGGGUGCAAGCCGGAAGCAGCAACCGCACCGCCAUCCGGUCACUUGGGCGAUCCCCCCGCCUCUGUCAACCUGUGGCAGCGGCGUCCUGUACUGCGGGAGCUGCGACAAUUUCGGCACGGGUCCUACCCAAAUUGCCUUUGGCAGCCCCUGGCCCGUCUCCUUCCCGCUCGCCUGGAAUAUCGCCCACGGGUUCUUUCGUGAAAAAUGUGAGGUGACAUGCUUCCCUCACGAUGGCAUGCAGUGGUCUCUCUUUUCGCGACUCCUUGACUACUUCCCCCUGGGAACCCCGACGGAUGGGCACAUGUCGCGCAAGCAGGAGAUUUUCCGGGUCUUCAGGUCACUCGAUCUGGUCUGCAGCGAUUCCGCCGCCCGACUUGAAGACGUCCUCGCGCUCUCCAACUGCACCUGCGACCUGGCCAGCGUCGUCUGCAAGGUGAAGCCCAAGAGCUGGAAAGGAUAUCACCCGGUCAAGCAUACCGACAUGAUGACGCCCCUGAUCAGUGUGGCCAACAUCUUCCGCGACUACCGGGACGACACCGACGACAUCGGGACAUGCGCUUACGCAUGCUGGCAACUAAAGCCUGAGGCCAAACAGAUCGUAGAAGCGAACAAGGCCGUGGAUGCCAUCCGCCGGGCCACUCGUACGACUACCCGUGCCACCACCAGUGCCCCACCCACCCGCAAGCCUACCAGUGUCCCCCCCACCCGCAAGCGUACCCGCACAACUAAGCUGACAACUCAAUACAUCGAUCAUAUAUUUCUUCGGUUCGGUCGUGACCUACGUUUUCGCGGUACGCCGCCCUCCGACGAAGCUGGCGAAGCUUUCACCGAUGGCGAAUUAUUGACUGACAAAUUUAUCCGAAUAUCAACACCACCAACAACCACCUACGAACAAGAUGUAUAG